AUGUCAGCAGAAAAUACAAGCGAAACAAGUAAUCAAAUUUUAAAACAAGUUGAAUACUAUUUCAGCGAUUCAAAUUUACUCAGAGAUAAAUUUUUAAAAGAAGAACUUGCUAAAAAUGUUGAUGGUUACGUUUCAAUUGAAAUUAUUGCUUCAUUCAAUAGAAUGAAAGCCAUUUCAACUGAUUUAGAAUUUAUUACAGAAUCCUUAAAGAAAUCAACUCGUUUACAAGUUAGCGAAGAUGGUAAAAUGGUUAAAAGAUUAGACCCAUUACCAGAAUCAAUUGAUACAGGUAAAACAUUAUACAGCAAAGGAUGGCCAUCAGACACCACAAUUGAAAAAGUACAAGAAUUCUUCAACCAAUUCGGUAAAACUUUAUCAGUUAGAUUAAGAAAGAAGACCGAUAAAUCAUUUAAAGGUUCAUUAUUAGUAGAUUUCGAUACUGAAGAAACCGUCACUAAAAUCAUUGCCGAAAAACCAAAACUCAAUGGUGAUAUCGAAUUAAUCUAUCAAACAUUUAAACAAUUCAAUGAUGAAAAGAAAGAAGAAAAAGAGAAAUUUUUAGCAAACUCAGAUAAGAAAAGAAAGGCCAAGAAAGAAGCUGAAAGAGAUGGUGAAAAUGAUGAUGAAGAAAAAUCCGAAGAAAAAGCUGAAGAAACUAUGGUUCCAGGUUGCAUUGUUGUUUUCAAAGGUAUUGGUGCUGGUAAAAAUAUUCACAGAGGUGAUAUUAAAGAAAUUUUCUCACAAUAUGGUGAUGUUCAAUUCGUCGGUUACAACCAUGAUGAUGUAGACGGUAAUGUUCGUUUCAAGACUGCCGAAUCUGCUCAACGUGCCGUUGAAGCUCUUACUACUGCCAAAAAAGAAAUCGGUGGCCAAGUUCCAACUUUUUCAAUCAUGGAAGGUGAAGAAGAAAAAACUGAAUGGGAAAAAAUUUUAGAAAAGAAAAAGAAUGCUGGUAACAACAACAACAAAAAAGGAAAUAAUAAUAGAGGUGGCAAAAAACCAUUCAAAAAAUUCGCUGGUAAAGGUAAAGGUUUCAAAGGUAAUAAAAAAGCUAAAGUUGAAUAAAAUCAUAAUUUCAAUUCUUUUUUUAUAAUUUAUAAAUAUAUAUAAAAAAAAAAAACAAAUCAAAACAAAACAAAUCAAAAACCAAAUAUAAAAUAAAUAAUAAUCCAAUUAUUU